ACGCCGCGGCCCCGCCUUCCCUCCUCGCAUCCUGGGCGCGAUGAGAGGGGGAGAUGGACCCAAGCCGGCGGGACUGGCACCAUGACAUUCGCCGGCUUCGUGGUGGCGCUGGUGAUAGGGGCGAUCCCCGGAGCCCGCGGGCCGGGGCAGGUCUCCGGCAGCCUCCCGGCCGCCCGCGCCCCGCAGCCCCCCGCCGGCUGCCCCGCCGGGGGCUUCCCCGCGGCCCAGCGCCCCUGGGCACCGGCGGCGCCCCCUCUGCCGCGCCGGGGGGCGGCGGGCCGGGCGCCGCGGGGCCGCCGCAGCUCCUGCGCCCUACCCGGCGGCGGCGAGGGGCGACCCGGCUGCGCCGACGGAGCCGGCCGGGGCGCGGCGGAGCGCGGCCGCGCUGACUGCGAGCGAGGGUCAGUGAGACUCCGGGGAGGCAAGAAUGAGUUUGAAGGUACAGUGGAGGUUUAUUUGAAUGGAAUCUGGGGAACAAUCUGUGGGAGCCAUUGGGACAAUAAUGACGCGACAGUUGUAUGUCGACAGCUUGCACUUGGGGAAAAAGGUACAGCAAAACACAUACCCUUUUCUGGAUUAGGCCUUAUUCCUGUUUUCUGGAGUGAAGUGCGUUGUCGUGGUGAUGAAGAAAAUAUACUGUUAUGUGAAAAAGACACCUGGCAAGAUGGGACAUGUCCUCAAAAAAUGGCAGCUGCUGUCACAUGUAGCUCCUCCCUGGGCCCUGUCUUCACUCCGAUCCGGCUGGCUGGUGGGAGCAAUGCCCACGAAGGAAGAGUGGAAGUUUACUAUGGUGGCCAGUGGGGCACAGUCUGUGAUGACCAGUGGGAUGAUGCAGAUGCUGAAGUCGUCUGUCGGCAGCUUGGCCUUGGGGGUGUUGCCAAGGCGUGGAGCCAGGCUUACUUUGGAGAAGGCUCUGGCCCCGUGCUGCUGGAUGAAGUACAGUGCACGGGAAAUGAACUCUCGAUAGAACAGUGCCCAAAAAGCUCCUGGCGAGAACACAACUGUGGCCACAAAGAAGAUGCUGGCGUUUCCUGCACACCUCUCACAGAUGGUGCACUGCGGCUCGCAGGCGGGAAGGGCAGUCACGAGGGCCGCCUGGAGGUCUAUCACACAGGCCAGUGGGGCACGGUCUGUGACGACGGCUGGACGGAGCUCAACACGCAGGUGGUUUGCUGGCAGCUGGGAUUUAAGUAUGGAAAAACUGCAGGUAUGGAAAAAGAGAACUACUCAGAAGGAAGCUCCGGGCCCAUUUGGCUGGAUGAUGUGAUCUGCUCUGGGAAGGAGACAAACCUCCUGCAGUGCUCCCGGCGGGAGUGGGGGAAGCACGACUGCAACCAUCAGGAGGACGUCAGACUCAUCUGCCACCCAGAAAACGACAGCCACAAGUGCUCACUUGGUCCUCCCAUCAGGCUGAUGGAUGGUGAGAAUAAGAAGGAAGGACGUGUGGAGAUUUUUAUCAAUGGCCAGUGGGGCACAAUUUGUGAUGAUGGAUGGUCUGAUAAGGAUGCAGCUGUAGUCUGCCGACAGCUUGGCUACAAAGGUCCAGCUAGAGCAAGGACAAUGGCCUAUUUCGGUGAGGGCAAAGGCCCCAUCCAUGUGGAUAACGUCAAGUGUACAGGAAAUGAGAGAUCCUUGGCAGACUGCAUUAAACAGGACAUUGGGAUGCACAACUGCCGGCACAGCGAGGAUGCAGGGGUCAUCUGUGACCACCUGAGCAAGAAAGUCCCUGGGAACAGCAAUAAAGAUUCUCUCGCUUCUGUUUGUGGGCUGAGGUUACUCCAUCGUCGACAAAAGCGAAUAAUUGGUGGGAAAAAUUCUUUACGGGGCGGCUGGCCGUGGCAGGUGGCACUGCGCCUGAAAUCCUCUCAUGGUGACAGGAGACUCCUGUGUGGUGCUACUCUCAUCAGCAGCUGCUGGGUCCUCACUGCUGCACACUGCUUUAAAAGGUAUGGCAACAACACUCGCAACUACGUAGUGCGGGUUGGAGACUACCACACGCUGGUGCUGGAGGAGUACGAGGAGGAGAUCGGAGUGCAGGAGAUUGUGGUGCACAAGGACUACAGGCCUGACAGCAGCGACUACGACAUUGCCUUGCUGAGGCUGCAGGGGCCCGAGGAACAGUGUGCGAGGUUCAGCACCCACGUUCUACCCGCCUGCUUGCCACUGAGGAGGGAGCGACCACAGAAAACUGCUCCCAACUGUUUCAUCACGGGAUGGGGUGACACAGGACGGGCUUAUUCAAGAACACUGCAACAGGCUGCCAUCCCCUUACUUCCCAAGAGGGUGUGUGAGGAGCGCUACAAAAGGAGAUUCACAGGAAGAAUGCUCUGUGCUGGAAACGUGCAGGAACAGAAACGAGUGGACAGCUGUCAAGGAGACAGCGGUGGACCACUGAUGUGUGAACGCCCAGGGGAAAGUUGGGUUGUGUACGGUGUGACCUCCUGGGGCUACGGCUGUGGGGUCAAAGAUUCCCCAGGUGUCUACACAAAAGUUUCAUCUUUCGUACCCUGGAUUAAAAGUGUGACCAAACUAUGAAUGCCCAUAAUGAAAACCAAAUUUUGAGGCAGGACAACUUGAACAGCACAUGCAGUGCACAGCUGGGGCCCACAGUGGGUGGA